AUGGCUUCCGACUUUCCGCCUGAUCCCUCUCGAGCGAGAAAAAGAGCAAAAUAUACACAGAUUGCAUGCAAUGAAUGCAAACGCCGCAAGUUGAAAUGUAGCGGCGAGUCGGUGUGUGCCCGAUGCGCGCGGAACCAAAUCCAAUGUACCUAUGCUGUCACUCGCGCUGAAACAAGUCAAGGGACAGAAGACAAGGACGAAAGUGCGAAUACGCGCUUCCGAGCCGUGGACCGCCAAUUGGAAACGCUUCGGCGGGAAAUGCGGGUGCUCUCCACACGGUUACAUGAGCUGGAGUCCAACGCUAGUUCUGCCUCGCCAUCGAAGCUGACCGCAGCACUUCCCACGGGUAGCCUACACCGCAUUCUCGAUGCCCCCAAGUCGCCGACCUAUGUCGGGCCUACAAGCGCGGAAUUUGGUCUUGGUCAGCCGCAAAAGUCUCCUUCGCAACCUGAUGCCUAUGACACCGAGGAUGGACCGGAAGAAACACCUGGUUCAUCGACCGGUGCCGUAAGCCCAACGGCCCCGGAAAGCAGAGUGGGUGCCUCUACCGGUGAUCCACUGGGGAGUCUUGGUACAGAUGAAGCAUUGCGAUUAGUGCAAGUCUAUGAGGACACAGUUGGGGUUAUGUACCCGUGUGUCGAUCUUGAUGGUGUCCGUGCAUACUUACUGGAAUACUACCACCAGGAAUCGGUCCCUCAAGCCCCACAAAAUGGCCCAGAAAAAACAAGCCCGGAUCAGGAUUGGUUUUCCGCACGCGACGUACAAGUUUCCAAGAUCUUAUUGGCCACCGCGCUCUUGGUCGAGUCGCACGGUCGCAGCGAGCGUGCCGCCCAACUGGCUGACAGCGUGGAGGAUCGCUUUGCCAGUCGAUUGAAGAUUGCAGAGGUUGAUAUGAAAGAGAUACUGAUAUUGACUUUGUUGUCAAUCUUCCACUCCUACCGUGAUGAUGAGGUAAUCGCCGGCCGUUUUAUUAAUAUGGCCGUCCGCGGUGGUACAGAAUUGGGUCUCCAUCGCCAGGAGAUUUGGCAAAAGACCGGUGGCGUUUUCCCAGGCGAAUUGGAAUGGACAUGGGCAAGUCGACUGUUCUGGUGUAUCUACGUAUUGGAUCGCAAGUUUGCUUUUGGCUCAGGACUGCCUUUUGCCAUCCAAGAUUCUGAUAUCGACACAAGCCUCCCAGAGCCCGGUCACUCUACUCCUUAUCUGACGUGCAUGAUCUCGCACGCCCGCUUGAGUACAAAAAUUUGGGGCUUGGUCGUUGGCUGGCAAAGCCGGUCCCAGGCUGCCACUUCUGAAAGUUGUGCUUAUCUGGAUGCUCAGGUUCAACAUUGGAUCCAAUCCAUUCCACCUGAACUGCGAUUUGAUCCAACUUGGCGCUCGCCGGUAGGUCUAGAGCACACCGACCGUACCAUGGUGUUACAGGUUCUCCUUGCUCUCCAUGCAAACCAGCUGCGAAUUCUGGUAUAUCGACAGAACCUACUUAGCGGUGAGCGAAUUACAGAUAACAUCACGGGGGCCUCAAUAGCCGUGGAAACAGCGAAAAGCACAAUCCACAUGCUGGAAUAUUUCAGCCGAAUCUCGAGCAUCUAUUUCCAGCGCCCGGAGCCAUUCAACUACUUUCUUCUCUCCGCUCUGGCCGCUCUUUUCCUAGCAGUCUUACAUGCCCCGGCGCAUUUCAGCCGUGCAUGCAGGCCGGAGUUUUACACAGCGGUGGACAUGGUCCGCCGCUCGGCAACCCGGGCUCGCACAUCUCGGAGAUUGCAAAAGGUCAUACGAGGUCUCAAGCGCAUUCAACUCAAUGUCCAGUGGGAUAAUGAGCCCAUCCGACAAUUAUCAACCAGGCGAGAUAACCGGUUGGAUGCGGAUCAUAAAAGAAAGCGAUUUUCACCAUACGCUGAUGAUCAUCUCAAUUCUCAGGCUCAGGGAUACUCACCACACGAAGCCUGGAAAACUGGCUCAGUGGCUAUUAAUUCCGGGUCACCAGCGACACCUAACACUGUCAACCUCCACCACGCGCCAACAGCGCCCACCCCACAACCGUCAGCACACUUUUCUUGGCCAAUCUCCCCUGAUACGGAGGUUCAACAUGAAACGAAUGGCUGUGAGGAUUUGAGCAGCUUUUUUGAGAUUGCCGGUGGCUUUUAUUUUGACCCUCACUCUGGUUCGGAUAUUACCGCCGGAGCUGGUGUUGAGUUGGCCCCGGCUGCUGAGAAUCGAUUGCCCAACAUACCUGAUGCAUUUCAUGCUGAAGACGAAGCCCUCACGCGGGUUAUGGCUGGAUUGCUGUGA